AUGUUUCCCAUCUAUGCGCAGAACAUCGCGAUGAAACUGGAUCUCCUGAUUGCAAGUUUCUCAACGACCUCUGGGCCAGGUGAAGACGCCACCCAGACAGUCAAGUUUGCCAACGGAACUACGGCAGUGUUGGAAUUCACAGCAGGCUACAUAGCAAAGAAGCCAUUUGACUUUGCGACGGGCGAAGAAGCCUGGACGGGCUUCUGCGCUCCUUCACCUGCACACGCUGCCGCCAAACGUGCAACCCCCGAAGCGGCCCUCGUUCUUCCCGGCCCCACAUCAUACCCUAAACCCGUCGUGCGAGACAACUACAACUUGAUUUCGGGGUCGGAGGGCCCCGCGCUAGUGCUCAGCGAGCCCCGGAACGGGUCAACGAGUCUGAUGUCGCAGUUCUCGCCGUACCAUCAUUCUUCACCAACAUCAACCAAACCACUGAACCCGCAGCGUUUGCCAACCACGCAACCAAGUUCCUCGACACGGCCGUCAAAGACGGCAGAAAGAGGCUGGGAUACAAACAAUGCCUACGACUUGUUCCGGGCCCUAUUCCCAGAGGAAGACGUCUGCACGGCUGCGCGGUACCGCGACAACGAAGCCCUUCGACUCAUGUUCAAAACGGCUCGCAACGUAGGCGCCAAAGACGAGGCAUUCUACAUCUUCGGCCCGCAUAUCGCCACAAAGGAAAUGCUCCCUCCAGACCAAAAAACCCAAAAACCCACCUCCUUUCAUGGGAGGAGGCCUAUGGUCCUGAGAAACACCACAGGACACACCUUACUACGCUCGCCACCAAUACCAACCUCGACAGCCAGUCCAUCUGGCAGUUCCCGAUCCGUGGCUACGGGCUUAUCAAGCUCAACUCGACCACAACCGCCUUCGCCAAGAAAGAAGUCCUCGUUAUAA